CGGGCCCCGAGCUGCACGCACCCAAGGGGGGUCGGGCGGGGAAACGGCGCCGGACCCGGACCCCCCGCGGGAGCAAGAGUCUGGUGUGAGGGCUAGGCGGCGGCAGCGGCAGACGGGAAGCAGCGGCUGCCAGAUUUCCAGUCUACUGAAAAGAAUGUACUUUCAGAGCUGGAGAUGUGAAUAAAGAGUCCAGUGCCAGUUUUGAGGAUCUCACCAGGAUACCAUAUUAUACUUACCGUCAUGUCUCCUUAGCUCCUCUUGGCUUUGAUUGGCUUGCCUUGUUUUGAUGACCUUGUCAGUUUCGAGGAGAACUGAUCAGCAUUUUCUUACUUUGUGGUAUACAAGGUACAACAUACUCCAGGCUCAUUCUAUAUAUCCCCUGUUCCAGUUCUAGAAUCAGCAAUUUCUGCCCAAAGAAAAUGACUGGAGUAUUGGAAGAUCAUUACUAUUGGAAGGCUGGUUAGCAACGAUUUACUGAGAGAAACUUGACCACCAUUUGCCCUGGCAUGGCGCAAAGCAGUCCACAGCUCGAUAUGCAGGUUCUCCAUGACCUUCGACAGCGUUUUCCUGAGAUUCCAGAGAGUGUGGUGUCUCAAUACAUGUUACAGAAUAACAACAAUCUUGAAGCCUGUUGCCGAGCCCUUUCCCAGGAGAGUAGCAAGUACUUAUACAUGGAAUAUCAUAGUCCGGAUGACAACAGAAUGAAUAGAAAUCGCCUUUUGCAUAUUAACCUGGGUAUCCAUUCUCCGGGUAGCUACCACCCAGGAGAUGGAGUGCAACUUAACGGUGGUCGAACACUGGUACAUAGCUCAAGUGAUGGACAUAUUGAUCCACAGCAUGCAGCAGGUAAACAGCUGAUAUGCUUAGUUCAGGAACCACACUCAGCUCCAGCUGUUGUGGCUGCUACUCCCAACUACAAUCCAUUUUUUAUGAAUGAACAGAACAGAAGUGCAGCUACUCCUCCAUCACAGCCACCUCAACAGCCGUCUUCCAUUCAAACAGGAAUGACUCCAUCUGCUAUGCAAGGGCCUUCACCACCACCGCCGCCACCUCCUUCAUACAUGCACAUACCUCGGUAUAGUACAAAUCCAAUUACUGUUACAGUAUCCCAAAACCUCCCUUCUGGACAGACUGUACCAAGAGCUUUACAAAUUCUUCCACAAAUUCCAAGCAAUCUUUAUGGGUCUCCUGGUUCUAUUUAUAUUAGACAGACAUCUCAGAGUUCAUCAGGAAGACAGACUCCUCAGAGUACUCCAUGGCAGUCCUCACCACAGGGCCCAGUGCCUCAUUAUAGCCAACGUCCUUUACCUGUUUACCCACAUCAGCAAAACUAUCAGCCUUCUCAGUAUUCUCCCAAACAGCAGCAGAUCCCUCAACCUGCUUACCAUUCACCACCUCCUUCUCAGUGUCCUUCACCCUUCAGCUCUCCACAGCAUCAAGUACAACCUUCCCAGUUGGGCCACCCUAGUUCCCAUGUCUUUAUGCCACCUAGUCCUUCAGCAACUCCACCCCAUCCAUAUCAACAAGGACCUCCUAGCUAUCAGAAACAGGGAAGCCAUUCAGUAGCCUAUCUCCCAUAUACAACAUCUAGCUUACCCAAAGGAUCCAUGAAGAAGAUAGAAAUUACAGUUGAACCCUCUCAGAGAUCUGGGACAGCAAUUAAUAGGAGUCCUUCACCUAUCAGUAAUCAGCCGUCUCCACGGAAUCAGCACUCGUUGUACACAGCCACCACGCCACCUUCAAGUUCUCCUUCAAGAGGGAUAUCCAGUCAACCAAAACCUCCAUUUAGUGUUAAUCCCGUGUAUAUUACAUACACACAGCCAACUGGACCUUCUUGUGCUCCGUCACCAUCUCCUCGGAUGAUACCAAACCCAACUACAGUUUUUAAAAUUACUGUAGGCCGAGCAACAACUGAAAAUCUUUUAAAUUUAGUGGACCAAGAAGAGCGUUCUGCAGCCCCAGAACCUAUUCAGCCCAUUUCAGUGAUACCAGGCUCUGGGGGAGAAAAGGGAAGCCAUAAAUAUCAGAGAAGUUCUAGUUCUGGAUCAGAUGACUAUGCCUAUACACAAGCCUUGCUGUUACAUCAGCGAGCAAGGAUGGAGAGGUUAGCAAAGCAAUUGAAACUUGAGAAAGAGGAGCUAGAGCGAUUGAAAGCUGAAGUUAAUGGUAUGGAGCAUGACCUGAUGCAGAGACGGCUCCGAAGGGUCAGCUGCACCACUGCGAUCCCAACGCCUGAGGAAAUGACAAGAUUGAGAAGCAUGAACAGACAACUCCAGAUAAAUGUUGACUGUACACUGAAAGAAGUUGACCUCCUUCAAUCUAGAGGUAACUUUGAUCCAAAAGCCAUGAAUAAUUUUUAUGACAACAUAGAACCUGGCCCAGUGGUACCACCCAAACCAUCUAAAAAAGACUCGUCAGACCCCUGCACAAUUGAAAGGAAAGCUCGAAGAAUUAGUGUAACCUCCAAAGUACAGGAGGACGUUCAUGACACCCAGGCAGCAGCUGCCGAUGAGCAUCCAGGUGGCUCCAAACAGAGUCCUCGGACACAACCCCGAGAUGAAGACUAUGAAGGGGCUCCAUGGAAUUGUGACAGCUGCACCUUUCUAAACCACCCUGCACUAAAUCGCUGUGAGCAGUGUGAGAUGCCACGGUACACUUGAAUUCUGAGGAGUCUGCACCUGGUUGAGAGUGAAACUUUGAGCAACCCAUUAGAAGAAAAGGAAACCUCGGGAAUCUGUUCCAUCUGCCCAGGCUUUUCAUUUCAGAUUAUGUGGGGGUGGGAGGGGGGAGGAGGAAUGACACUGCAGCCGCUUGUGCUCACUUAAGGAAAAAUAGGGAGGGUUUUUUCCACCCCUUUCUUAACUCAUAGCAGUUAGGGAUAGAAAGGGAUACUUGAAAUGGGGAAAGGAUUCACUCCUGAAAGAAUGUACAUGGAGAAGUCAAGAGCUCUUAAUGUUACUGCUGAGUGACCCUUAUUUUAUAAACUAUAACUUUGAAUCAUGGUAUAACAUGUUACAGUUUAUGCAGACAAACUGUGAACUGCCAGAGCAGACUUACCUGGUCACAGCUCUCUGGAAAACCCAGGCUCCUCAGGCUUCUUCCAGUGGCUUCCUACUCAAGAGAAGGACAGGGAAAAGCAACCAGAGGAUGAUUUUGGGGGGAGCAAAAUAAUAAGGGUAUUUGUAAUUGCUGCUUUUUUCAGGGGUAAUUUCCAACACACAAACAAGAUGUUUUAAAAUGUGAUUUGUAGCAGGUCAGGAAUUAGGCAUAUCAUGCCCUUUUUUCGAAAGUACAAUCGGAGGUGAUAAGAACCCUUUUGCUUGUACAGUGAUUCAUCAAGCUACAUCAACACUGGUAACCAAGACCUAAUUACGCUGCAUAAUAUGUAUUUUACGUUACUGCAUGCUUUUAUUAGGCCACUGGUUUUUAAAAUAACCAACAAGUCCUUACAAAUUAAAAUUUCAUGAAUGAUCUCAUCAAACUGCGCUUUGCAAAUAGCACAGUGAAUGUAUGCUGAAUGUAAAUCCAUUCCGAAAUCCACUUGGAAUCUUGAGCUCAGCUGUGGUUCUGUAAGAGAUGUUCGCAGUCCAUAAAUUAGCCUUUUUCUUUCCCCACCUUCCAGUUUGUGACAAGUUCAUGAUGUUUACAGCACAGAUAAUAUUUUGUGCCAUAAUCCUAAUGUAGCUGAAAAAAAUCAAUAUUAGCUGUUCAAUAAAGAUGUAUUUGCACAUAUGUUAAUAAACCAGUGUGUGAAAAAUUAUAGUUGGCCAAUAUCAUAAAGUUGCACACUGCAUUAUUUGGGGAGGAAGAGAAGGCGACUCAAGAAAUAUGAUUAAGAGAAAGGUAAAUACAAAGGACUGUGAAACUACGAACUUUUAAAAUAUACUGUAUUCAAAUAGUUCAGGUGAUACUAAGGCACUCCUUUAUAAAACUAGAACUUUAGGGUGUAAAUAACUGAAGAGAUAUAAAAUCAUUUGACUCACUAAGGUGCGCCACUGGAAAAUUAUUAAUAGGACGUUAAUUAAGCUCUUUACAAUUGUUGACUUUUCUUCCAAGCUCAAAAUUGGAUUUUUGACUCUUCACCUUAUUUGGGUAAAAUAUAAAGAGCAAUAAUUGGUAGAUUUCCUAAUCCUAAAGGAUUGUACCUGAGGUUAUAACUUGAGGAGUAUCUACUCUCCCAAACUAGGUGUUCCCCUACACGCGCUUCAAGCUGUCAUUGUAUGCUAAUUUAGCAGUCAUCUCUGGCAGACCUGGAAAAACAAGCUGCACUUAAUAGCAUAAUGAAACCAAAGGCAUAAUAACUCAUCACAGUUUUCCAUCAAAAUCGUAAUUUAACAUUGUACCUGCAGCUUUGAAAACAUUUUUUCAGAUGUAGAAAAUGUCCUGAAAAAUAUCCACUUGUCUUACAAAGUCAACGUGGCUGUGUAAUAACACUGAUAAAACAUCUCUCACACAAUAACUGUGGUAAAACUGUGAAAUUAAAGGUGAGAAAGCAGAUGGGCUUAAAAGCAUUGACCUGAAAACAUUCAUUCUUUAAAGGCUUGUUAUAGCAAUGGUGUCUGUCAGUCGCCAAUAAGUCUUAUCAGUCCUACUGUUCUGUAAUAUGCCAAUGCCUUUGCCUUUGUAUGGUUUCAUAUCUCUUUAGUGAUGGUCAACCCCACUUGGUAUUAAGUAACAAUUUAGGGAAAAAUAUAUAUGUAUAUAUAUAUACUGAUGGAUGUUCUAGCUAAAGGUUUUUACCCAGUAUUCUUAGUGAUAUGCUGAAGUGGCAGCAAUUAACUUGGCAGUUGUCAGUUGAGAAUGAAAGUAGCAUGUAUGAAAGCAGUUUGAUGCUUUAUUAAAACCAUGUAGAUGACUUUAGAACUAUUGCAUGAACAUACAUCCAGAUUACUGAACUGUUAUCACACAGUAGAUGCAUGGUUCCAGUCCUUUGGUGAUAUAUCUAGUAAAUCAUUGUUUUCACCUGCCAGGAAAAAUGAGAAACCAGUCUAUUUGAUAGGUAUGGAGGGUGGGGUAUGAGACAUCAGAGACUGAUUUUUAAGAAAGUUUUGUAUGUGUUCAUUUCUGGUUGUGCACAAGUUUCAUACGCUGACAUAGGCUGUAUUCAUUUUUAAAAUAACCAACAUUCUUUGACACUGAUCAAUCUGAUGUAUUUAACUGUGUCCCAUGUAUAGACUUCUUGCCUGUAAUCCGUUUGAACAAGAAUUCAGUCAACUUUCAAGAUACCUUUUCAAAAGGAUCUCCCGGUAGGACUGAUAUGUACAAACAAUUGGCAUAUAAAUGGUAGGAUAGAAAUUGGAUAAUGCCUGCCUGCUGAGGUGCCUGUACUUUUUGAAUCAGUUGGUGCACUUCUCAUUUCUAGUAAAGAUUUUUUUCUUAAAAUACAACUAGUUUGAUGUAUUUGGUAACAUAUAGACCUGACUAUACAUUUUACAUUAUUUCACGUUUUGUUAACUGGGUUUUUAGAAAACACCUUUACCAUUUUUUUAAAGUACAUUGGCCCUUAAAUUUUGGAGCACGUCUUAAAUGUUUAAAGUGGUAAUGGAGGAGCCAGAAACUGUCUAAGCAUUGUAAAAUGUUUAGAGUAAUGACCUUGUUUUGAGAGAGUGUAGAGGAAGGGCGUUUUAAAUAUACAAAGGAAAUGCAUUGUAAAAAGGUAGUUUUAGAGCAGAUUAAUGAUGGUGGGGAAAGUGUUGCUAAUUUGUCUAUUUCCCUGAAAAAAAUAGGAGUGUGAUGAGCAGUUUAAUAAUUUUUAAGGAGCUGGUCUCAAUUUUAGUACUUAUAAUUAUUAUAAGAAAUCAGUGUUUCCUUAAAUUUUGUCAUUGCUUUGUCCCAGUUAUCUAGGGUUCAUAUUCCAACUUUCUGUGGCAACUCAAUUUUACAUAGUAUUUUAAGGUAAUUGUAAUGUCUUUGACAGUAUAAACAAAAAGCAAGAAUAUUAGGCAUAGAAAAAUUGUCCUUCGAAAAUAUCAAUGAUGUAUCCUGGAAUGUGAAGAUGUCCCCUUAUAGUUUAAAUUGAUUUAUUUUAAUAUCGUAAUCAUUGUUUAGACUUUAAAUGAGUCAUUAUAUAGUGUCUAUAUAUCCAUAGAGAAAGGAAAAUGACAAUUGAAAUGUUACUUUAAAAUCGUAAUAAAUUGGGCACUGUCUGUUGCACCACUACUGUAUCUUUUUGAAAGAAUUAAUAUUUUCUUAUUGUAAAAGUUAAUUCUGAUGAUGAUUUCACACUCACCAGACACCCAUUUUUUUCUGUAUUAUUUGCAUCCCCAAAUAUUUAAUACAAAUAGAUUUUGCAUGACUUGGGCAUUCAGAGAUUAAUAGAACGAUGACUCAGUUUUAAGUUCUAAAGCCAUGAAAAGUUGCUUUGAGACUGAACAAUUCUGAAUUCUUAUUUAUAAUGACACCCAAUAUCCAUGUUUCCCUACUGUAAAAGAAUUGAUCAGUUUCUUCACUAAAACAGCAAGAACUUAUUAAAUCUUGUAAAUACCAUGUCUCUUUUAGAUUGCUGUGUUAUGCUGUGAAUCAAAUUAUUUUGAGGUGAAAUUGUACAAAGGCAUUUUAAAAGGCUAUGCAUGCAUCGUACCUCCAAACAAUACAUACUCGGAAAAUCAAAGAUUCCUGCAAAAUAAAUCAAUAAACUAAAAGC